UUGGAGUCAGAAGUCCGUUGUUGUUGGCUGUCUCGGCUUUGUUAUUUCUCGCGACAAUAUCGAAACGUAAAAAUCGGGGAAAAACGAAAGUUUCAUAUUAACCCACACUUGCGCACGCAGUCUAGUAAAUUGCAGUCAGUUUAAAUAACAAGGUUAGAAGUGAUAGUCGCAACUUAAUUAAGUUAACUUACCUUAUUUAACUGGUUUAAUCAUUUGGCAACGACAUUUCUUGUGUCAGAGGGAAGAGAAGUGUUUUUAUCUUCUGAGGAUGCUCCCCUGAUGAAAUACACUGAUAUUUACCUUUAAUUUACCGCAGAACUCAGCAAAUGUAAGGACAGACUUCACAGGAAGAUUCUUAAUACUAAGCAAAAGAUUUUCCAAAAAACGCCGACGUGAGGUUCUAUUUCUGUGGAAUUUUCUCACCAGAGCAACUACAGACGAAUAUCAUAAAAAAUAAUAAUAUUCUGAAGGAUCAAUACAUAGCACUGGACACUGGAAAAACGCAGGUGGCCAGAUUUCAUUCUGCAGGAGCAUUUUAGUGCACCAGGACAUCAGGAACAUUGAAUGAAAGAAAUCUCACACUUUAAGGGGAGCAUCUGGUGUGUUUCCGUGCUUUGUGACAUUAUUGGACCUGUUCAUAAUUUCAGUUUUUUCGUUGUGCAAGCAGAUAACUGUGAUUUCUCAUAACCCUUAAUGAACUGAAAUUUGAGGUUAAGAAACCUUUAAGCUGUUAGGUGGAACUUAGGGAACUAAGGUAAUCGCUGAUCACUUAUGCAAACGAGCUCCUUAAAGUCUUCUGUGUACUGGAGAAUUCCCUACACCUCAAGUGACACCAGCACAGAAAAAGGGAUUUAUGAAAAAAUCAGUAUUGUUAUUAGCCAAAAUUAUAUCACUUUAAAAUGAUGUAUUGUAAUACACUAAUACUGUAAUAUCAUAUUCUUGGAACAAUAUUGUUGUGUAUAGAGUGGCCAAGAGCUACAUUGUGUGAUCUUUUAAUCACUGUUUUCCCUGCCACACCUUUCUGUUGCCGUCGUCCAUUCUCAGAUCUUCCUGUUAGCGCUCCACCCUGUCCUACCACUAGUCCCUUCGUACCCUGUCCUUUCUGUUUGCUCCACACUCUUCUUGGUCUCCUUGUCUCAUCACUAAAUUGAUCUAUUGUCCUACUCCCCACUGGCCCUAUACUUCCUGAGACAUAUUUGGUGUGUUUUAUUGAGUUUGUGUGUGUGUACACAAACGCAAAACUUCCACAUUACAUUUUUUUUUCUCGCAAACUCAACCAUUCACACUGGCAGGCACCAUUCCCACUAAAGGAGAGGAGGACUUUUUAACGCUUGCCGCCUCCCGGCUAAGCCGCCGCAAGCGUGUCAUAGGAGCAGCCGUGGGUGUGGCCAUGGUUCUGAUUCUUCUGGUUGCCAUCCCUUUACUGGUCCACAGCACUAAAGGAGGAGCUGGCAAUGCAGGAAGCCAUUAUGAAAUGUUAGGAAGUUGUCGGAUGGUUUGUGAUCCCUACACAACGUCUCAUGGCCAGGAGCUAAUGGCAGUUUCACCACAACCUCCUGAUUUCACAAACCGGAGGGGGAAAUCUGGUUAUCGGGGACCUCCAGGGAUCCCAGGACCACCUGGUCCACGAGGACCACCAGGAGAGCCUGGAAAGCCAGGUCCACAAGGGCCUACAGGUCCUGGCCCUGGUGGUUACGUGCCAUCAUUCUACAGCCCUAAGAUUGCCUUUUAUGCAGGCCUGCGCAAGCAACACGAAGGCACUGAUGUGCUCAAAUUUGAUGAUGUGGUGACCAAUGUUGGCAACUACUAUGAGCCCAGCACUGGAAAGUUCACAUGCCCUCUACCUGGCAUCUACUUCUUCACAUACCAUGUCCUAAUGAGAGGAGGAGAUGGGACAAGCAUGUGGGCAGACCUCAAGAAGAAUGGACAGGUAAGAAUUUGUCAUUGUUCUUAUAAUGAGCUCUAUUGCUCAGUUUAUUGA